AUUCCUUUUCUUGGAUGGCACGACAGUAGUGUAGAGGGGUGGUGGGAGUGCUAAGGAGGGUCAAUUGAUGCAUCUCCAACUCGUUUAGCUAUUGCUUAUAACCCAUCUCGAUGAUAAGGGAAACUACGAGGAUCAAAAAGAUAGUUCCGGCUAUCCACAUGGUCUUUCCAGUGCUAUGAAAAAAUUUUUUGGUCACAGUGACAGCCUCAGCGCGACGGCAACCCUACUUCGCGCGACCAUCACAGAUUCGGAGAUGGAGCUCGACAUACAGGAGAGCAUGCCAUCAGCCCGCUUGGGAAGCGAACUCUUUCAAUGGAGACAUAAAAGGAGAUUAGGUUUUUUUUUUUAGGGGGGGGGGGGGGGGGAAUAGAGUGGUUUAGAGUUUUUUUUUCCCCCUCGGAUGAACACCGUAAGAAACAGAGGAGUAUUAUGAGAAAAAGAACGAGAAGAGAUACACGAUUUGAUCCAUAAAAAAUGAGCAUGUGUUUUGGAUAAUAUGCAAAACCAAGUAUACGGUUUGAGAAAUCGCUGUAGAUUUAUCAUUUUUUAAAAAUAUAUGUUUAUAUUUAGUAAAAGAAUCAGUUUUUACCAAAUAUAGCAAUUGAUUAAACGAAACGAAGAAGGCAAUCAUGGCUGGGGUGGUUGGAUUAGCACUUAUCAGUCGUGGUGCUCUCCCGUUACUUGAAGCCCAACGCCCAGAAAAACCUUUUUAAUUUCGAUUCGAUUCGCAUAUUCUCCGUCGGUUCACUCGAGUGCCGUGCGUCCACGAGUGUCGCUGGAGGAGCAGCAACGGCGUUCCCAUGGCGGCGACGCUCUCGUUUGUUCGCUCCGCCGCCUGUUACCUCGUCUCCCUUUCCACACCCCGAUGGGGCUCGGCGGCCGCAGAAAGCCCUCGGUACUUUCUGCAUCUUCCGUCUCGGCCGCGCUUGCUCCCGCGCCGGAUCUAUUCCAAAAUUGCUGAUGCUGAAACCAAGGUCCAAGCACACAAGGGUCAAUCAGAAAUCAUUUUUUUAGGCACAGGAACUAGUGAAGGGAUACCUCGAGUGAGCUGCCUCACAGCUGAAUCAAAAAUAUGUGAGGUUUGCUCAAAAGCAUCUGUGCCUGGAGACAAGAACAAUAGACUUAAUACAAGCAUCCUUAUAUGCUAUGUCAAUUCUUUGGGAAGAUAUAACAUUCUUGUAGAUGCUGGCAAGUUUUUCUAUCAUAGCGCUCUUCAAUGGUUUCCUACCUAUGGGCUGAGAAAGAUUGAUGCAGUCAUCAUAACCCAUUCACAUGCCGAUGCAAUUGGAGGUCUUGAUGAUCUCCGAGAUUGGACAAAUAAUGUCCAACCAUCCGUCCCUAUUUAUGUGGCACAACGUGAUUUUGAGGUGAUGAAGAAGACUCAUUAUUACAUAGUGGAUACCAGUGGGCUGAUUCCUGGUGCCGCUGUAUCAAAAUUGCAUUUCAAUGUGAUUAAGGAGGAACCAUUUGUGAUUCACGAUCUUAAGGUUACUCCUCUACCUGUCUGGCAUGGAAAAGGUUACCGUUCUUUAGGUUUUCGUUUCGGAAAUAUUUGCUACAUAAGUGAUGUUAGUGACAUACCAGAAGAGACUUACAUGCUCCUCAAAGACUGCGAUCUUCUUAUCCUGGAUGCACUGAGGCCAGAUCGUUCUUCUUCAACACACUUCGGAUUACCAAGGGCUCUAGAUGAAGUACGCAAGAUUCAACCGAGGCGGACUCUUUUUACGGGCAUGAUGCACUUGAUGGACCACGAAAAGAUAAAUGAACAGCUCGCCAAGUUGCAGGAUUCUGAAGGUCUGAAUGUCCAAUUAAGCUACGACGGACUCCGCAUCCCAGUAAACCUAUAGCCGAUGCCACUACUCAUCGCUGCAUCUUGGCACCUAAUCCUACCAUACGAAUCUGAGUCCCUUUAGGCUCUUCAGUAAUGGUAGCGACCGCGGCUAGUCAAUAAUGAAGUGACGACGAGUUCUUCCAAUUUAAAUGCUCCAAUGUCUUACCAAUUGUAUUCUUCAGAGGUCAGCACUAAAUAAUUAGAACAGGUACAGAGUUUUUGCACCGGUUUCACGCACAUUAAAUCAAUGUGUAUUUCUGAUUAGAAAUUUGCAUCAUGGAGUUGAUUUGCUUUGUAUACUCACAGAGAUCUUCCAUAUGUGACCCGACAUUGGGUGCUCAA